AUGAAAGAUCAUAUAAAAAAUGUAUGCUUUCGGAAAACUCUACUAAUUUCACUACUGCUUAUUAUAUUAAAAUACACAAAAUAUGAUUAUUUAGAAAAAGAAAAUGAUGAAAAACAAAAAUACAACAGCAAUAUAUCGUCACCAAGUUUACUAAGAACAUAUUUUGAUGUAUAUGUCAAUAGGAAAAAUACGGAUGUAAAGACAUUGAAGAAAUUGUUAAAAAAUGUUACGAUUUCUAAUAAUUACCUUUGCAUGGUGAAAAAGGUAAACAUAAAUGUUUACAAUAAAAUAUUUGGUAAUAAGAUGAGUAAAAUUAUAUUGAGCAACGAAAGAAAAUAUGGUAAAAAUGAUUUAAAAAAAAAGUGCAUUACUACUGAAUCUUCAUCGUGCACAUUUGGUGAAGAAAAAAAAAGGAAAAAAUUAUUCACAGAUUAUGAAAAAAUAAAUUUGUAUAAAAAUAGUAACCCCCUUGAGGAUAUUGACGCAAAUGGAAAUACAAUUAAAGGUUUUCUUUUUGAACUAUUUGAUAUAAUUGUAAAAAUUAAGAAAAUUGUAAUAGAUGCAUCUAACAAAAUGAUUUCCGUGUGCCUAUUUAAUAAUGAUAAUUACGAAGAAAACUUAUUCUACAUAAAAAAUAAUAAGGAUUAUGAUGAAUUUCAUAAUUAUAAUUCUUAUAAAUAUUAUGAAAAUCCAAAUAUAAAUACAUACAACAUGAAUAAAGAAUUGUAUGUAUAUAAUGAGGAAUAUGCUAAUAAAUAUUUAUAUUCUUUUAUAGACAUUUCAUCUGAUAAUUUAAAUGUCGAUUUUUAUCAAAAAUCUGUUCAAGGAGAAGAUAGAAAUAUAGUUCCUGAUAUUUUUAAGAAUAAAAAUGCGUAUAAUUUAUCUAAGGAUAAAAAGUAUGAUAACCAUAGUAAGAUGAAUGAUGGAAAUAAAUCGAAUUGUGGGGUUUCAAGUGACAAAACCGAAAAAUAUAUAUUCGACACUGAAACAAAUAGAAACAUAAAACUUAAAAAGGAACAAUUUUUGGAAACAAAUGCAAAAUGGAAUGAAAGCAAAAUAAACCAAUCAAACAAACUGCACAAAAAAAAUGACGAAGCAAAAUAUAGGUCGAUAGGAAGAAUUUUAGCAGAAACUCAACAUGAAAAUUUAGUUUUAAGUACAGAUAAAGAUAAAGAAAGAGAAAUAGAACGAGAAAAAGAAAGGAAACACGAAAUGGAAUGGGAAAGAGAAAGAGAUAGAGAUAGAGAAAGAGAAAGAGAAAGAGAAAGAGAUAGAGAUAGAGAUAGAGAAAGAGAAAGAGAAAGAGAAAGAGAUAGAAGUAGAAAUGAAAAUAAACCUAAUGAUUCGGAAGAAAAACUUUUGCUGAUUAUUAAAGAACAUAAUGGAGAUUCUAAAAGUGAAAAUCCCGAAAGGGGUAGUGGAAUUACUGUAAUAGAGUUUAGUCGUACACCACAAAAAAAAAAAAAAAGAUCAUGCACAAUUUUAGCAGAAAAGGAAUCUGAAAAUAAUAGCGAAAAUAAUAGUCAAGAUGUAAAACAAGAUAAAGAAUCUAAUACUUCUGAUAAGAACAGUGAUGAUUCAAAUCAUGAUAAUCCCGAUUCACCAGUUCAAAAUGAUAUACCAGAGGGCAACAUUAAAAGACCUUCUAGAUUAAUUGCAGAAAAGGAAUCUGAAAAUAAUAGCGAAAAUAAUAGUCAAGAUGUAAAACAAGAUAAAGAAUCUAAUACUUCUGAUAAGAACAGUGAUGAUUCAAAUCAUGAUAAUCCCGAUUCACCAGUUCAAAAUGAUAUACCAGAGGGCAACAUUAAAAGACCUUCUAGAUUAAUUGCAGAAAAGGAAUCUGAAAAUAAUAGCGAAAAUAAUAGUCAAGAUGUAAAACAAGAUAAAGAAUCUAAUACUUCUGAUAAGAACAGUGAUGAUUCAAAUCAUGAUAAUCCCGAUUCACCAGUUCAAAAUGAUAUACCAGAGGGCAACAUUAAAAGACCUUCUAGAUUAAUUGCAGAAAAGGAAUCUGAAAAUAAUAGCGAAAAUAAUAGUCAAGAUGUAAAACAAGAUAAAGAAUCUAAUACUUCUGAUAAGAACAGUGAUGAUUCAAAUCAUGAUAAUCCCGAUUCACCAGUUCAAAAUGAUAUACCAGAGGGCAACAUUAAAAGACCUUCUAGAUUAAUUGCAGAAAAGGAAUCUGAAAAUAAUAGCGAAAAUAAUAGCGAAAAUAAUAGCGAAAAUAAUAGCGAAAAUAAUAGCGAAAAUAAUAGUCAAGAUGUAAAACAAGAUAAAGAAUCUAAUACUUCUGAUAAGAACAGUGAUGAUUCAAAUCAUGAUAAUCCCGAUUCACCAGUUCAAAAUGAUAUACCAGAGGGCAACAUUAAAAGACCUUCUAGAUUAAUUGCAGAAAAGGAAUCUGAAAAUAAUAGCGAAAAUAAUAGUCAAGAUGUAAAACAAGAUAAAGAAUCUAAUACUUCUGAUAAGAACAGUGAUGAUUCAAAUCAUGAUAAUCCCGAUUCACCAGUUCAAAAUGAUAUACCAGAGGGCAACAUUAAAAGACCUUCUAGAUUAAUUGCAGAAAAGGAAUCUGAAAAUAAUAGCGAAAAUAAUAGUCAAGAUGUAAAACAAGAUAAAGAAUCUAAUACUUCUGAUAAGAACAGUGAUGAUUCAAAUCAUGAUAAUCCCGAUUCACCAGUUCAAAAUGAUAUACCAGAGGGCAACAUUAAAAGACCUUCUAGAUUAAUUGCAGAAAAGGAAUCUGAAAAUAAUAGCGAAAAUAAUAGCGAAAAUAAUAGCGAAAAUAAUAGCGAAAAUAAUAGCGAAAAUAAUAGUCAAGAUGUAAAACAAGAUAAAGAAUCUAAUACUUCUGAUAAGAACAGUGAUGAUUCAAAUCAUGAUAAUCCCGAUUCACCAGUUCAAAAUGAUAUACCAGAGGGCAACAUUAAAAGACCUUCUAGAUUAAUUGCAGAAAAGGAAUCUGAAAAUAAUAGCGAAAAUAAUAGUCAAGAUGUAAAACAAGAUAAAGAAUCUAAUACUUCUGAUAAGAACAGUGAUGAUUCAAAUCAUGAUAAUCCCGAUUCACCAGUUCAAAAUGAUAUACCAGAGGGCAACAUUAAAAGACCUUCUAGAUUAAUUGCAGAAAAGGAAUCUGAAAAUAAUAGCGAAAAUAAUAGUCAAGAUGUAAAACAAGAUAAAGAAUCUAAUACUUCUGAUAAGAACAGUGAUGAUUCAAAUCAUGAUAAUCCCGAUUCACCAGUUCAAAAUGAUAUACCAGAGGGCAACAUUAAAAGACCUUCUAGAUUAAUUGCAGAAAAGGAAUCUGAAAAUAAUAGCGAAAAUAAUAGCGAAAAUAAUAGCGAAAAUAAUAGUCAAGAUGUAAAACAAGAUAAAGAAUCUAAUACUUCUGAUAAGAACAGUGAUGAUUCAAAUCAUGAUAAUCCCGAUUCACCAGUUCAAAAUGAUAUACCAGAGGGCAACAUUAAAAGACCUUCUAGAUUAAUUGCAGAAAAGGAAUCUGAAAAUAAUAGCGAAAAUAAUAGUCAAGAUGUAAAACAAGAUAAAGAAUCUAAUACUUCUGAUAAGAACAGUGAUGAUUCAAAUCAUGAUAAUCCCGAUUCACCAGUUCAAAAUGAUAUACCAGAGGGCAACAUUAAAAGACCUUCUAGAUUAAUUGCAGAAAAGGAAUCUGAAAAUAAUAGCGAAAAUAAUAGCGAAAAUAAUAGCGAAAAUAAUAGCGAAAAUAAUAGCGAAAAUAAUAGCGAAAAUAAUAGUCAAGAUGUAAAACAAGAUAAAGAAUCUAAUACUUCUGAUAAGAACAGUGAUGAUUCAAAUCAUGAUAAUCCCGAUUCACCAGUUCAAAAUGAUAUACCAGAGGGCAACAUUAAAAGACCUUCUAGAUUAAUUGCAGAAAAGGAAUCUGAAAAUAAUAGCGAAAAUAAUAGCGAAAAUAAUAGUCAAGAUGUAAAACAAGAUAAAGAAUCUAAUACUUCUGAUAAGAACAGUGAUGAUUCAAAUCAUGAUAAUCCCGAUUCACCAGUUCAAAAUGAUAUACCAGAGGGCAACAUUAAAAGACCUUCUAGAUUAAUUGCAGAAAAGGAAUCUGAAAAUAAUAGCGAAAAUAAUAGUCAAGAUGUAAAACAAGAUAAAGAAUCUAAUACUUCUGAUAAGAACAGUGAUGAUUCAAAUCAUGAUAAUCCCGAUUCACCAGUUCAAAAUGAUAUACCAGAGGGCAACAUUAAAAGACCUUCUAGAUUAAUUGCAGAAAAGGAAUCUGAAAAUAAUAGCGAAAAUAAUAGCGAAAAUAAUAGCGAAAAUAAUAGCGAAAAUAAUAGCGAAAAUAAUAGCGAAAAUAAUAGCGAAAAUAAUAGCGAAAAUAAUAGUCAAGAUGUAAAACAAGAUAAAGAAUCUAAUACUUCUGAUAAGAACAGUGAUGAUUCAAAUCAUGAUAAUCCCGAUUCACCAGUUCAAAAUGAUAUACCAGAGGGCAACAUUAAAAGACCUUCUAGAUUAAUUGCAGAAAAGGAAUCUGAAAAUAAUAGCGAAAAUAAUAGCGAAAAUAAUAGUCAAGAUAUGAAUAAAGAAUUUAUUUCCGGAAAUAAUGAAGCAAAUAAAAGAAAUUUUGUAGAAAAUGGGCAAAAGGGGAACGUGGAUGAAGAAAGGAAAAGCAUGUUCGAAAAGAUAAAAAAGAGAAAAGAAAAAUCCAGAAAAAAUUAUUAUGCUUAUGAUAUAAUUGAAAAAAUGGAAUAUUUGAAUUCGUUAUCAGAUGAUGAAUAUUGUACGAAUGGUAGUACCCAUUAUCGUGCACAAACUGGUAAUGUUCUAGGAAAGCAUUUGAGGCAUCCUAAUACUUAUAAUAAAUAUUUAGAUAUUAAUUUAUUUUUCAAUGAAAAGCCAUAUCAAUAUAGAAAAGGCAAUUAUUAUUUUAUAAAUCCAUUUCCAUAUAGUAUUAUAAAGAUGAAAAAAAAUGAAGGAUUAUCUAAUUCAGAAAAAAUAAAAUAUGAUGGUGUCUAUUGUUAUUCUCUCUCUUUUAAUAAUAAUUCUUCAUUAACAUAUACAAUUGAAAACUUAUUCAGAAAUGUAAAACCAAUAGAAGAAAUAAUACCAGGCACAUUAACAGGUUUUAAAAGUGAUGACGGAUAUCAAAAAAUGCUUACUCCGAUGUUUGUUGAACAGGAUAUGUUCUUACAUUGUGCAUUUAAGAAUGAAUAUGAUAAAAUGGAAAAUAAAAUAGCAUCAUUUCCUGUUAAAAUAUUUUUUAAAAAAAAUUUGAACAAAACAAAAGGGUGUUCUUUUCAAAUAAAUAAAAAUGGUUCGAUAUAUAAAGAAUAUGCAGAAAGGGAACCAUUUUUGAGUAAAAAAGUUAUAUUGAAUGAUGAAAAUACCAGUAACGAAUGCGCUAUCACAGCUACAAAUGAAAUUAUUGGAUUUCAAUGCGGACCCCCAUACAAAUAUUAUGCCAACGACAGAAAUACGAGUUAUAUGGAUAACUUUUUUUUUAAUACUGUGAAUAAUGAAGAUAUAAAAGCUGUUGAAUAUUUUAAAGUUGAACCUGCACAUUGUUUUGAAGAAGUUAAUGCAAAUGAGCAUAUUGAAAAUAUUACCCCAGGUAGUUUCCCUUUCCCGAACUUUGAAAUGAUAAAUGGAGGUUUAAAAUCACAUCAUACAAGGUAUAUAAAGUUAAACAUAAGAAAUCCAAAUGCAGUUAUAUCAUGUUAUUGCAACUAUUAUAAUAAUGGGGAAAUAAUUUAUUCAGGUAUAAUGACUAUAAAUGGUAAAAAAAAUUAUAAUGAUCAAUCAGAUUCGGCUUAUCCAUCUCAAGGCAUUAAUAAAACAAGCGAUAAUGCAAAAGGAACUGGUCACAAAACAACUAAUUUAAAUAAAAAAAGUAAAAUUGAUAAUAUGGAAAAUUAUGAUAAUGACUAUAAAUAUUUUUUUAAUUUCUUGCCAUAUUCUAAUCCAUAUCUCAUGCAAUAUAAAAAGCAGCCUGAAUACGUUGUGAAAAAUGAUUUCAUAUAUGAUAAUAAGCAUAGCAACAAAAAUAAUGAUGAAUUUUUAAAAAAAAAUAAAAAUAAUUUGUCCGACUUAAAAUUCCCUGAUAAUAAUAAGUAUAUUCAUGAUAUGGAUGAUAAUUUAAGAUAUAAAUACGAUAGUAGAGAUUCUAGCGUGUAUCCAAUCCGUGAAUAUGAUCCAGAAAAUAAUUUUGAUAGCGAAAGGUUGUCCGAUUCUUAUGGACAUACUUUUAAUGAUGAUUAUAUAAGUCCACAUAGUAACUCACAAUAUGAGGAAAAUACAUAUAACUCAGAUGACUUUUUCUCUAAUUAUGAUGACGUUAAUAUUGAAACUGAAUAUGAAGAAUUUGAACCAUUGAAAAAUAAUGUAACUUUUCAAGAUAAUAAAUCCUACGAAGAUAAAGCUCAAUCUAUUGUAGUAAUCAAUAAAUCAAAAAAUGUUAAUGUUUAUAUUCCCAAAAAUAAAAUAAAAAGUAAAUCGAAAUAUACAAAAGAUAAUGAAGAUAUAGAAGAUAAUAAAAAUAAAGAUUCGCUCCUUAAAUAUGUAUUAUUAACAUACGAAGCAACACCAGAUGAAAAUGAAAAAAUGAAUAAAAAAUUAAAAUUAUUUAAAGAAUAUUUCCCGUCUCCACCAAUGCAUAAUAUAUUUAUAGAAGAAAAAGAAAAUUAUAAUGCAUCAAAUAAAAUAAAAAGUAUAUUUGAUAUUCAAGAAAAAUCAAUAGAAUCAUUAAGUGAGGAACAAAUCAAUGGUGAAAUAGAAGUAUCUGAAAAUGAUUCUACUAUAGAUCAUAAUAAAUCUUAUAAUUAUAAUACAAAUAGCAACAAUCACGAAGAUAGUAAUGUUGAUGAUAAUAUUAAUGACAAUACAAAAACUCUUAUUAUGAAUAAAAUUUUACAUGAUUUGUUUGGACAUAAUGAAUACGAUGGCAAUAAAGAAGAAAAUACAAAAAACGACAAGAAAAUAUAUCAACCUAAAAUUAAUACAAUAGAAAAUGAAGAAGGCGAUGAAGAGGAAGAAGAAGAAGACUUAAUUGAAAAAAAUGAAGAAUUAGAGAAAGAAGGUAUUAUUCCAAGAAGAAAACAAUAA